CUACUCAUCUCAUUUCGUCUUUUCGACAUCUUGUCUGCACUCCAACCGAUCAAUCCCAUUCACCUCAACCACGCAUGUACGACCUCCCUGACCUGAACCGUUUCGUCGAAGUCCGCCCUGGACUCUUCAGAUGCACCAUUAUCUGGAACAUUAAUAAAUUCGUUGACGUCCCCGUCGCUACCUUCCUGGUUCGAUGCGAUUCUCUCGAUCAGGGAACGAACCCUGCUCAUGACUGGCUGCUGGUCGACUCUGGCGCUCCCAUGCAGGUCGAAACCCUACUGAAGGCCAUUGCCGGUGUCCUGACCCACGAGAAGGACACCCUGCGUUACAUCUGUAUCACCCAUGCCCACAUUGAUCACACUGGCGCCACACCAGCCCUGCUCCAGAAGUACCCCGAAUGCAAGGCCGUCAUCCAUGUUGAGGAGAAACCCUUUAUCUGUGAGGGCAAGUCUUUACGGUCCUGCUCAAGUGAUACUUGGUCCUAUACAUUGUUCAAGCCCUUUUCACACGAAGCUGAUGUGAGGUUGCCUGAGGAUCGAACUGUGACCCUUCGCGAUGGGGACCAAUGGGAGUUUGAUCAUAUCCUCCAGUUUGUAGAGACACAUGGCCACACACCUGGCUCGGCUUCAUACAUCCACAUCCCGACCCGCUCGAUCAUGGUGGGCGAUGCCAUCAUGAACAUUGCUGCAAACCCAUGGUGGUCCAAGGUGCCCUGUAUUUCUGGACCCAUGGCCAUUUCAACAUGUCACUGGGGCAAUGCCAUGAAGGCUAUCGACAAGAUCCUGACGCUCAAGGACAAGGUCGAUACCGUCUUCCCCGCCCACGAUUUUAACACUGAUGGAAUCCAUAUUGACCAAAUCUGCGAAUUCCGCAAACCAUCCAGCCUGUAAAGAAAGGUCGACAGAAACAAGGGGAUCUCGUCACUUGCUACAGAACACAUACUAUCAGGAGCAUGUGCAUUCGAUCAGGAUACCCGUGCACCAGGCAUUUGAUAGUAAUCUCAGAAUGAAAUAAACAUACUUUUUUUUUGCAGCGA